GCGCUAAAAUCGAAAUACAUCUGAGGGUCAUUAGAGUUUUUGAUUUAUUAGCCGCUGUUUUGCAAAUAUUCGCUUCCCUUUGUUAUCUUUUCCACACACGUAACGACAAAGAUAUUGAUCGUUGUAUUCUUCAUGAACUGCGCCGUUUAUAGAAGCUCCUGUGGCUAGUAACUGUUGAACUCUAUAAUGGCGGAAGUGGCUAACGUUACAUUUGCAGCGGAAAAUGGCUCGCAAAUUCACGGUGUUGUUCAAAAUGGUAGCAGUACUGGCGAGGUUAAAAGCGACUCCUGUGUUCUAUCUUCCGUGAUGGAGAAAAUGGACAAUCGGAUCGAAAAUCAUGAAAACCUGGCUGAGGGUUCUGUCAGCUGUGCGAGUCAUGAAGGCGAACUUUUUAAUGAAAAAGAGCCCGUUCAAAACAGUGAAGUGGAUGAAACGCGCGAAUGUCACGUUCAAAGCACCGAAACUGCAAAUGUGCCUCAACACUUACCUGGAAAUUGUAUAGAUAUGAAAGGUAGCGAACUGGGAAAAGAAACAAACUCGAGCAGUCAUUCGUCCAACAGUGAAAAGGAAACUGCCCAGAUCAGCAACACACGUGAAGAUAAGCAAGUUUGUGGCACAAAUGUAAACUUUAUACUUGAUGCUGGCAAAUGCCCAGCAGAUCUACAGCAGAGUAACAACUACUCUUCAUCAGUUGGAGCAACAAAGUUAUUUCCAUGUGCCACACAAGGAACACUCCAGGAAUCCUGUUCUUUGUCCGAUAUGUGCACAACAUCAACUGUUAACAGUAUCAAAGGUCCGCCUUAUUAUUCACCAGCAGAAAACAAAAUGGAGAUCAAACAGUCAUGUUUAGAUGUGCCAGAGGAAAUGGAGUCAACAAGUGUAAUGUCUGAAACAAAUGACAAGAGUGCAGCACAAGCCAAUCCUAUAACCAGCGAUCCACAGUCUAUCUUGUCUGUAGCCCCUCCUAAAAUUCCAAUUACAUUGUAUUCCUACCCUGUGUUAGGUUUGUCGUCAGAAAAUUGUCAGAAUUUGGUGCACACCCCUGCCACCUCACCAAUGCCGACGACGGAACUCAAUUCUUCAUUUGUUUCCGCUGCAAUUAAUUUGGCAAUGAAGAAAGUUAUUCCAUGGGCUAUGCCAGUCACAGUGUCGAAAAGUGAAGAUCCAAAGCUCAGUGUGGUCUCAAGUGAAUUGUUGACCACAUCAACUCCUAUGCAUAUGGACUGUGUCAAGAUUCCAGUGGCUGGGAAUGGUCAGUUUGCGGAAACUCCAGUGCCUGCACCAAAUGUCGUGACAACUAGUGGUAGUGCUGCUAUCACACAAAAUUUGACAAAUCCAUGUGCUGAAACUACUGCAUCUGCAGCUGUUAGGCAUGUUCCUGAAAAUAGUACAUCAUCAACCUCAUCAGCGUCUGUCUCUACAGACUAUGGUACGAUUCCAGCUGCUGAGAAGUUUCUGUUCACAGAAACCACAGUCUCAUCACCCAAAGACAUUUCCACUAGUACAGUUCUGAUGCAAACUUCAGUAGAUCCUAGUAUUGAAACAGCUGCAUCUUCAGCCGUCAGUCAAGUCCCAGAAAUUUCCACUGCUUUUCCAAACUUCAAACCAUGCGAAAAAUGUAACUCUAUCCUUGUGUGCUCAUGUCCAGGAACAUCUGGCGUUAGCACCCAGAAUUCUGGUGAUGCUGCUUUGAACACUUGCAGUGGAUCAUGUCAGGGAGAGUGCACGUGUAAUGGAAUGGGUGAGGACAAGAAAAAUGGCAUGGAUCCUUCUGCACCUGAUGUUAAGCCACAAAUUUUUCCAGUUGUGGUGAGCACAAUCCUGAGAACUUUUUUAAAAUGUUAAAUAAUUGACACUUAAUGACUGGCCCUGAGACCCUUUAAGCCCCAAUAUCUGUUACAGGUUAAAAUUAAAUGUAGGGUAAUUUUUUUUUACCUAAGAUUGAUUCUCGAUUCCCUUUGUCUCCUAGCUAUAAUAAUAAUUAUUCUUGGAUUAGGGCUACAUAGGAGGCAAAGGAAAGAAUUAUUGAGAAUCAACCUUGGUUAAACCUCAAUAAAAUUUUGAACUAUGACAUAUUCACAUACAAAGUAUUCUCUAGGCCCCGGUUGUUCAACCGUUGGGUAAAUCACUAUCCAGCGGAUAAUGCAAUGAUUGUUUCCGGUAAUACUUAUCUGCUGGAUAGUGAUUUAUUCCGUUGGAUAGCGCUAUCCAACUUUUGAACAACUGGGGCCAGACUGAUCUCAAUAAAUGUCCUGAACAAACUAGAUGCCUUGAAGCAAGACUUCUUGUUAUCAUACCAUGAGACUUGAUUACGCUGUUAAUAGAUUAUUAAUUUUUAAAUUUGCAGGUUGCAUUCUCGAAGUCACAAAGACAUAAUGAAAGGGAUUUUUCAUGUCUUUACCCCUCACAUAUCUUCCCUCUUUUUGACAUUCCUUUACUGCAAUAUCCUCAGUUUGAAAUUUUUAUUCUGUAGGUCAAAAUGAUUCCUACAUUACAAUGUUUAUAACUUUGGUCAUUUUAAAUGUGCUUUGUUUCUAUUCAAAAAUCUUUUUUUCCCCCUAAUUUUUAGCCUUUGAAUGAGCUGGACCAACUCUUUGACUCUUUGGUUGAAUAUAACAAGAUAACAAAAGCUGAGCAACCUGAGGUAUGUGUAUGUUACAAGUCAAAAUUAAAUUCAGGUUAAAAUUUUUUAACCUAGGUUGAUUAUCAAUUUGCUUUGGAUCCUGGGGCGCCUUCAAGUACUGGUAUGUUUUCUAAGUCCUUGUAGAAUUUGUCUUUGUUCUCCUCAGGAUUUGUCAUUGUGGGAGCAUAUCCACUUAUUAGGGUGGCAUAGUGUUUUCCUCGGAAAGGGAGCCUAAAAGUCUUGGGGCAACCUUGAUUCCUUUUGGAAGGUUGGUAAGCAUACUGAUCAGAUUUGUUUUGGCAGCAAAGCCCACUCCUGCUUCUUGACGAUCCUCACUGUUGCGACCACUCCAGAAAAAGGGGUAGCCAGCUUUGCCUUCCUCCAGCUGACCUUCAUUUGCAAACCUGGUCUCACUCAGCACUGCGAUAUGGAUGUUCUAUCUGCCAAAUUCUCUUGCAACAAGUGCUGUCCGUCUGUCAGGUCUGUCUGCUCCAGUGCUAUCCUUGAAUGUACAUACAUUUCAUGUGCCAAUGAUUAGUGAUGUCACUUUUGUGUUCAUCCUGAUAUUUUGACCGCAUACAUGGGAUCCAAUCCCCUCCUACCACGGUAUGCAGGCCUGGGUAAGGUGAAGCAGCCUAUAUUUGGGGCACCUUUUCUAGCCCCUUCCUCAGGCCAUGGAGGUGAGCAGAGGGAUUCCUAAAGAGGAUUGCUCAGUCAGUGAGGGGGCUCCUGAACUCCCCCCCUGCUUCGGUCCAGUAGUGAGUAAACCUAAUGCCCUGGGUUGCCUGUGUGCAGGUCUAUGACCACAGCUUCCAGUGUAUCUGCACCUUCUGCUUUAUCACUCGUCUAUCACCACAGGGCUUAAGUGGACUGGGUGUGGGGUGAUGUCUUGAAUUACGUGUGAAUUGGAUUAAAGAGAGGGAGAGUAGCGCAGUGUCGUCAGCCUCUCCCUCUCAUCCCUAGUUAUCUGGCCGCACGACAGUCGAGAUGGCUGGAGAUAGAGUAGGAUAUAGUGGAUGGCUACCAGAUUGAGUCUGUCUAACUGUACCCUUAGUGCUCCACAAUGCCUGAUGCAUGCUGGCGAUUGGCUCUCAAGAAGCUCAUCUUCCCUUUGACAGGUUUUGUUUUUCGUCCUGCUGGGUGACAUGCCACUCUCCUCGGCAGCAUAUAGCUGGUGGGAGAGCUGGUGUAGACACCGACCACUUGUCCAUGAGGCAGGUAGUACUGGGUUACAAUGUUACCAGUAGCAGAGUCUUGAACCCUGACCUGACUGAAAAAAGAUAUUGGAAACAAAAAAGACAUUGGAGCACGGGACUUCCUUCCCUCAUUGUCCAUCUCAAAUGUGUAAGUCCUGCGAUUGGUUCAGAUGGCUGCCCUGCUUGAGGUUUCGUGUAUUUUUGAGCACUCACUUGCUCCAAGUAUCACAUGUCUUGAAUGAGUAGCUCACUUUUCUUGUGAUUAUCAUCCAUUACUAACUUAUCCUUGCAGUUGAUGAUACUUAUUAAUCAAGUCUUCAUACUUCGUGUUUGGAACUGUGAGCAAUACACCCUUGUCCACUUUAUUGACCUGUGUUGUCAUCUCAUAUUUCCCGUCAACUCUUGAGAUCUUAACCUAGUAGCUUUGCACCCUCUGCACUGUUGAGCAGACAAUCAUCUCAAUCUGCUUGCAUUCAACAUGUGUAGGUUGCUUGUUUAUCUUAUCAACCAAGGCUGCUGAUGUGUAUGAAGUACCGGCCCUAGUAUCCAGUAAUGCUGUACAUUAUUACAAUACCAUCAACAACUACCACCACAACUGGAUAAACCACAGUCCCUUCACCAGUUGCCAGCAACAUAUGAUUGUUACCAGGUUACCUGUCACAAAUAGAGGUAUCGUGUUUACCUGCACAAUGUUGGCAGGUAUGCUUGCUAAGGCAUUUGUGUGCUCUAUGUCUUUGACCCAUACAAUUAAAGGACAGCUUUUUGUCACUCAAGAUCUUUUUCUGUAGUUUCAAGUCAGUGUGUUGUUUGCACUCUGCAGACUUGUGAUCUUUGCCAGUGCAAUACAUGCAGCUACGGCCCAAUCUGGCACUCCCAUCCUUGGUGUAAAGAGCAAGAUUCUUCCUAUGUGGCUAACGAUGUAGAGGGUCAGGUUUGUACGGUGGCCCAGAAGGGUCACACAUGCAAAUUAAAAAUGUUGCUGCAAAUUAAAAAUAGUGCGUGCAAAUUAAAAAUUGUACAUGCAAACUAAAAAUAUUACCUGCGAAUUAAACUAUAAUACAUGCAAACUAGAAAUUGUGCUGCAAGUUGAAAAUAGAAAACAUAUCGCUGCAAAUUAAAAAUGAAAAGUCCUGCGCGCGCAGUAUGAGUGAUGAGGACCUGGUCCGAGCUGUGCAACCUGGCCUUACAGCCGUCGGCCCAUUCAUGUUUCAUGUUUGUAAUAUUUUUAGUUUGCAUGUACAAUUUUUAAUUUGCAUGUCUUAUUUUUAAUUUGCAGCAACCUUUUCAAUUUGCAGGUAAAAUUUUUAGUUUGCAGAGGCAUUUUUAAUUUGCAUGUGUGACCCUUCUGGGCCACCGUAGGUUUGCCUUCAGUAAGAGUAGGAUUACGAUCACACCACUUCCUGAGAGAUUCAGGUAAUUCUGGAAAUUCCUACUUUUGUCUAUUAUCAUCCAACCAAACAAAAUCUGCUCUGAUGCCUGGUAUUUUAUUAAGCAUUGAAUGCACGAAUCCUCCAGUUUCCUUGACCUUGCCCAUAGUCUCUAGAACUUGAAUGUGACUUGCUAAUUUUCCAUAGAAACUUUGCUCCAAGACCAGCUGAUUUCUCACAAUCCCAUAAUGCUCCCUUAACUAAAUUCUCAAACUUCACAAACUUCGAUUUGCUCAUCCAACAUUCUGUUACACUUUUCUUCUCUAAAUUUCUCUUCUUUGUGACUUGAAUUCAGCAACCACGUACCUCACCUUUAUGAGCACGUCUUCGAGUUAACUUUUCCUUCUAAGGUUUUGCUCUACGAUCUAACAUCCUCCAGACUGUUAUCGUUUUCAAGGCGUAGUUCCUGCACUCGUAAUUUAAGCUCAUAAACCUUUUUAACUAUAGACUCUAAGGUGCUGCCAUGUCUUUCAAUUGCCUUGACGUUCCUUCCUUCAAGUAUGUUCGAUCUUGUCUUGUAAUUCCUUGACUUCACCCAUUGUUUACCACGUGUUGAUGCUUGGUUUCAUUUCUCUUCAGAUUUAUUCCCACGUCGGUCGGUUCUCACAGUCAAAACUCAUCUUUCUCAGAGCACAAGUCCUGGCAGGGUCACCAAUUUUGUUGCGGAGAUUUUAUAACAAAGGUUACUCACACAAAAUAAAACAGUUUAAUACAACUCACGCACUUGUCUUGCUACAUGUUUCUCUUCACACAACUCACCCCUCUCAGCUUCUCUCAGUGUUAUUUCAAGUCUCUCCUGUUUUUACUGGAUAAAACAGGUUUGCAUGGCUUUCGUCACUCUCUCUCCACAUGUCACGCCACACGCUUAACAGUCAUGCUUUUUCGCUCCAACACUCUCCCUGUGUAAAGCAAAUAAAAGUACAGAAGUCAAUACUCAACAUAAGAGUCUCAAAAGUGUCAUUAGUAACAGUUCUGUUCAUGAUAAUCAGCAAUAAAUCAGCUUGAACUGUUCAUUUGUCUUCCUCCUCUAUGACUUGUCUGAUGCGUUUGGCAGCAGCUAUGGCUCCUUUUCUCAGAGGGAACACUCUCACUCUCUGAUUCAACAGUCAGACUUUUUCACACCAACAAAAUAUUUUAUUUUAAUUUUUUUGCCUAUGUUUUAUUUGCCAGGCCAUCACUACCCGACUGUUUCCUUACCAGUUACAUGCCGUACACUGGAUGAUGCUGAGAGAAAACAAUGGUGAUCUAGCACCAUUCUGGUCCCAGGUCAACAAGAGCACCUGGUUCAACAAAGGAACAAAGAUGUCCACUGAUAGAAAGCCACAUUCUCCUAAAGGAGGUAUCCUUGCUGAUGACAUGGGGCUUGGAAAGACACUUACUGUCAUCACAUUGAUAAUGGCUAAUCACCUUAAUGGACAGCCAAUGUUCUCCAGGAAGUCGUCAGCUCACAAGGUGUGCAACUUUUAGGUUCCAUCAUUCAUUUUGAUGAAAACAACUUCUUUUGACAGUUGUAUUUACUUGAAAGUUCUACUCUUGAAUACAUUUAAGUAGCACUUCCAAACACGUGCCACUCAAACAGGAGAACUUUUAAUAGGACUGACAUUAAAAUUAACAAUAAUACUAGUAAUGACUACAAUGUGGUACUCAUUCAAACAGCAUAAAAGUAAAUAACCAGCACUGUCUUUAAGAGCUGUGGGCCUGGUAUUUUUCCCCCAGCUACUUCAUGAUCCCUGGUUACUUCCAAAAAAAAAAAGAGAGAAGAAGAAAAGAACAGAAAGAAAUCCUUAGCUGCUUGAUUCCCUGCUUACUUGUUGUAUUUACCUGGCAGGAGUGUGUAUAAUAUGCGAGCCAGCGAGCCAGCGAGUCAUGCGAGUCAACAUGUGAGUCAACAUGCGAGCCAUGCGAGUCAUGCGAGUCAGCAUAAAAUAACUUUGUUUUUAACGUAAACUACUACGUAACAUAUUUAUUCCAAAGGCACGUCCUUUAAAAUUCAGCUUCAGAAAAAUUCGCCAACAUACAAAUUGAACGGGGUGAAACAAUAACAAAGGUUUGAGAAUUCGUUAAACGUCUUACACAAAGGUUUAAAGGUUCUUCCUCGGUCACGUUUAAUGAGUCACACCAUAUGUGGUAAGUCACGUGACCAGAACAUAAAAAAACACUCUUUAAAACCCAAACGUCUUGCGUCUUUCACAAUAAAACCAAUGCCAAUGGCUUAAGAAUAUCGCGAUAAAAAAUCUGACUUACUAACAAGUUUAACGUUCCUUCUCAAAAUUCACAUUUAUCGAAAAAGCUAUGACGUCAUUGAGGGGUAUUUUCGUUAGCGAGUCAACAUUUUACGAGUUUAUUCCUUGCGAUUUACAUGUUACUUUUCUUCAAGUUUAUACACUCGAUAAAAUUGCGGGCGACAUGACUUAGGACUCAUGACUUUCGGGCGACUUGACCGGUUACCUUUUCAUACAUUUUCUUUAAAAGACUUUCUUGCUGUCGUCUGAACGCUAAUUUCAUGCUACAAAUGUUAAAAAAGUUAAAUUGCUUAUGAUUCGCCAAAAAAUGGAUUCUCUUUCCUUCGAACUUCUGUCUCGCAUGGCUCACAUGAUGACUCGCAUGACUCGCAUGACUCGCUGGCUCGCUGGCUCGCAGUUUGUCAAGACCCCCUGGCAGCAUGAAAUCUUACAAACAGCCCUGAAAAAUGAAAAUGGUAAAACCAACCUAGAUACAUCCACAAUAUAAUUAAUUCAUUUUUACAAUAGGUUUUUUUGGAAAACAUAAUUUUUUUCCCGAAAUUGCAGGAGCUUACCAAUAAUAUUUACGUGGCAGUUACAUUUUACUCUGAGUUUUGUUGUUGCUGUCAAUUAUUUGGUGUAAACAUGUGAAUGAACAAAGCUGUUUUGCUGUAGUACCUUUUUAAUGAGAGGCACCCUUGAAAAGGUGCUACCUUGAAAUCUCCAGAAAAGUUUAUAAUCACUGCAGUUUUUUCUGAGUAAAUAUGGUAGCAAGGGAGGAGAUUUCUGCCUUUUUUCUGCAAUCUUUCUGAAGAUGUAGUGGGAAGCAUGGACCUUAAAAGUGGGGUGCUGGAGACGAGCAAGAAGCACAAGUCAGGGACAAUGGGAAGGAGUGCAGAGCACCAUUCAUCUUCGGUUUCCUUUACAAUUAACUCGAACAUCCACCCAGAAAAAUGAUUUCAAGCAACUGUGGACGGACACAGAAAGCAUGGUGGAAUGGUGACCUCCCACCCAUGUAGCUCUGGUCUAAGUUGGGUCAAACUUACUGUCCCUCUUUUGAGGAACCACACCCUGGUGUCCUUGCCUUUAGUCUAACAGUACCAUUACUUGAUAGUUAAUAUAUUGUUGUUACUAGACACUUGCUGUGUAUUUUUGUCCUCAUUAAUAAUUAUAGUCUGUGUAGGGUUUCUUUCUAAGCACUUUGUUCAUAUAUUUUUUCAAGAGGGCAGCAUCUACUUCAGGUGAAGGGAUGGACUGUAAACCUGAGAAGAUGUUGCGGAAAGACAGCAACAGUGGAGAUGGAGAUGGAGAUGUCAUGAUGGAGGACAAGGAGUCUGUCAAACAAGUAACCAUAAAAAAGAAAAAGGACAUUGCAGAUAAAAAGAAGAGGUAGUCACAUAACUUAUGCAGACCAGUUCAACCACUGUCGCGAUCUUCUAAGAAACCUGAGGAAAUUGUAUUGCUUCAUCUCUGCUUUGAAUUUUUGAUAUUCCUGUUCCUGGAUCUCUGUGUCAAUUUUUGGGUUUGUUUUUGUGAAUACUUGUUUUUUUAUAGUUUGUUGAUUGUUCACUUCAAAUUUAGGAUUUAAUCCACAAUCUUUCUGUUAGGAAAUAUACGUGUAGCUGACUUAAUUUAGAGAAGAACAUUGAUUGGAAUAUCAGUCAUAUUAUUGUGUUUUGAAUUUGCUUUGGCCAGUUGACUUAACUGCACUGUUACAUAAUUACAGUUUGCCAGACAGCAAGACUUUGAAGCAGCCAGGCUUUAAGUUCAGGCAGAUGUACUUAAGCAAGUUUUCUAGGUAUGUUGCUGGUUUAGUUGUCUGUUAAUAAUUUUAUCCAAGUCUAUGCUUGUUGCCUUCAUGUAACUGCUAAGUACUGCACAGCUGUAUGUUUUCUGCACUAUGCGGAGAAAGGCGUGCCCCAUAGCCCAGGGGUACUGGAUUUUGCUUUUGUGCUAGUGAAUUCUGUUGUUAACUUGCCUGAUAAGUGGGGACAGCUUUCUUUUUUCGGGGGUGGUGGGGUGGGGUGGGGUAUUCAAAUUACAGAAGAACUGUAAUGAAUCCUGCUUAUCAAAGAUUUUUUGGGGGGGAGCUGCAACUUACACCAAGCCACCAAAAAGACACCUACCAAAUUUUCCUACCCCAAAAAACUCUAGGAUAACAAAGUUCAAACCCAAAAAAUCUUUGGAUCAUCCAUGUCACUUGAAAUCCGGAGUACCCCCUCUGGGGCUGUAGCUAUAGCUUGCCCAAAAGACAAACUAUAAACCUGACUUUCUUUGCAUCCUCAACUGAGAUAUAGUCACUGUAGACUACUGUCUUUGUUUCGUUAGCAUUUAAUUUGUUCCAGCCUUUAGUCUCUGAUUUCUUUAUUAAUACAUUUUAUUGCAUUCAUAUUAAUCAGGGCGUCCACCUUGAUUUCAAGUUGAGGGGAACAUGUAUAUGUUAUGAGCAAAUUGAAUAUGUUAAUUAAAUGCAACUUUUUAAUCUGGUUGAAAAAAAUAAUGUAAACCAAAGAUUGCAUGUAAAUUGGAACCACAACAAAUACAACAAACUGUAUCUAAGAAGUUCUUUGGUUCUACUUUCCUCUUGUUUCUCAUGAAUCCAAGUUGCCAGGGCUCAUACUCAGUGAUUUUGUUACCACUGCGUCAGGCAUCCAUGACGCAUCAAAAUCCCCAAAGAUGCAAAUAAUUCAUUGCAUGCAUCCCGUAGGAUGCAAAGAUUGAUCGAUCGAUCUGAACGUGUGUGUUUGUAGCAAUAUCCUGUUCAUGUAAUUUCUGUGGCAGUUAUUAUGGCUGUUGUUUAACAAUGCCAUUAUCUUUCUUUUAGCCUUUGUUGUCUCUUAAAAUAGAAGGACUAUAUUUUUUAUUUUUAAUUUCAGUGCACUGUAAUACAGAGUUUGGGAGUCUGUGUUCAGAUUAACUGUCUGGAUAUGGAAAGUCCCAAGCAUUUUCAAUUUUGGACUUGUUGUUUUUUUUCAACUGGGACUCACUGGUUCUGGACUGGGACUCACUAUUUUUCACAAGAUGAGUCCCAAUACUCACCAUAACUGUUUGUAACAAAAUGUUAAAUCACUGCAUACUCAUAGUACAUGUUCCUGUGGGAAAUCCUUUGCCCUCAGCCUUUAGUAACAGACCUGUUAAUAAGAUGCCAUGAUGGCCUCCUUAUCAUGGCAGCCACUACCUCCUCCCCCCAACCCUAAGGCAACCAUUGUGGCCUGUUUUGGCUAUAAAGCUCUACACUUUUUAAGACAAUGUGUUCAAAUGUUGUCCUUUUCCUGAGCACUUUAUGUUUGUUAUUCUCUGUAGUAAAUCAAUAAAGAAGGAAAAGUGCAAAGACAAGAAAGAUGUUCACUCACCCCAAACUCAGCACACACCCAUCACCAUUGAUGAGGAUGAUGUGUUGGUGGGACCUUGGCUUUCAGCUGGUGGGAACAAAAAAGAUGCUAAAGUAAACAGCAGACCUCAGUCAGAUGAUGACCACGCUGCUACCUUAAUUGUGUGUCCACUGUCAGUCCUCAGUAACUGGACAGUAAGUAUGAAUCUUGCAGCCUGACUUUUGAUAUCAACACAACAAAUUACUCGUAUUACAGCACAAAAAAGCGAAUAAACGGCUGACAAGAAACUACAUACAAGAACAACCAGAACUACAGCACUACUUUAAAUCCUAAAACAACCCAAAAUACACAUGAAGGGUGGGUGGGUGGGGCAGAUUAAGGUACUGGCAGAUGGCAACAAAAACAGCUGAACUCUCAAACACCAUGUGACCUGACGAAGAGGAAUACAGUCUGCCUUUUUUUCUUAUACCAAAAUUAAGUAACAUGGGAAAGACAUUUCUUUAAAGAUCCCACAAGAGCUUCACUUUUGACCUUGGCUAAAUUUACUUAAAUUGAUAGUUUUACUAAAUUGACUGACCAUUUGUUUCUUUGUUUUUUUAGGAUCAGAUUUGUAGUCAUGUUCAUCCUGAUGUUAGUCUACAAGUUUACAUGUAUUAUGGACCAGAGCGACUCAGAGAUGUGAAGUUCCUUAGACAGCAAGACAUUGUGCUGACCACCUAUCCCACAUUGACUAACGACUACAGCAGAGUGAGUAUGCCAUUUGUGAUGCCUUGAUUUUAGUCCUUUGUUUUUUAAUUUCACAUGAGAUUCUCAAACAGGCUAUGGGGUUCGCACACACUUUGAAAGUUCAUUCUUGAAUUUUAAAAUAGAAAUUCAAGGCCUUGAAAGUUCUUGAAAAUUGCAGUGAGUGCUGGAAAGUCCUUGAAUUUUGGUGCUAACUUUAUCCAACCCAACGAACACAGAAAGACUUUUCAGUAUAAAAUUGCUCAUGUUGGGAAAGAACUAAAAAAGACAUAGACUCAAGGCUCUUUUUUGCACUGAAUGGAGUCCUUGAAAAAUGGGAAAUAUGUCCCUGAAUGUCCUUGAAAAGUACUUGGUUUUUUUGUUCAAGAACAGGUACGAACCCUGAGGCUAGCCAUCCACAUAGUCAUUGCAUAUAGUUUAGCAGCUGCUUGUACCCAGGUACCCAUAUGCCUAAGGGACCAAGGGCAGGUUGCACUAUCUUUAAUGUAAAUGUUCCAUGGGGAUGGUUGACCAAAAAAUUCAGGCAUAUCCUUUUCUUCACUCUUCCCAAGGUGCCUUGCAUGCUUCAAAAGUUCAAUCCCAUAUCAUACUAGCCCUCUAUGCUGCAAAAUCUUCCAUGACAUGUCUGAAUACAAGCAAGGCUUGUUAUCAUUUGAUGCAAAUUUUUCUUCCUUUUUGUUGGCCGAGAGCCCCCCACGUGACCUGCAAAAUAAAUAACUCUCUACAAAAUUAAUAAUAUUCUGCUCAUUAAUGAAACCACACUUUCCUCCUUCUUGCUAUCUCUCUUGCGUGAAAAUGGCAGAUUGCUUCCGUGAUCGAGUGAUAAAAGAAUUAUUGAACUCGGUUAAAAGGGCCUCUAGCAUAUGCCUUGAAUGUCUGUCCCCUUUGAUCUGUAGUCCAGUCACUUAUUCCAAUCUCUUGUGCACUUAAGCGGUGCACACAGUAACUCAAGGCUUUUUCAAACAUUGAAAGAAUAAAGUAAACUAGUGACAUGCCCUCUAACAAGUUGCUGUAAAAAUGUCCAGAUCGUAUUUUUUCAGUUGUUAGAUACUUUUUUCUGUAAUCCUUGGGCAUCUAUUUAAGUAGAGGAAAUAUUUUUUUUCAUUUAACACUCUGUUUAAGGACCCGUGUCUCGAAAGUCGCGGAAUCAAAUAUUCAAAUCAAAUCGCGUUUUCAAGCGCGUUUUUGUUAACUGACGAUUGGUUAUGUUUUAUUAUCUGCUAAACUAUUGAAACCCCUAUCUUUAAUGUAAAGCCAAUAACAGCUUUCUGGGCUAUUUAAUAAUCAGGACCUUCAUGAACGGGCGCCAAGGCACAUUCAGUCAUUCCACGUUACUUUCUUUGCAGAAUGAUUCCCCACUUCACAAGAUUAGAUGGUUACGUGUCAUCCUAGAUGAGGGUCAUACCAUAAGAAACCCUCAGACUCGCUUGACUAAGGCUAUGGCAGAGCUAGAAGCCAAGCGUCGGUGGGUCCUCACAGGGACACCAAUACAGAACAGACUGGAUGACCUGUGGUCCGUGGUAAAGUUUUUGCGUGUGGAGCCAUUUGACAACAAAAGCUGGUGGAACUCCGCAUUGGCAACCAGUGUCAGAAGAGGUUGUCAGCUGGCUGUCAAGUAAGAUGACUUCUGUUUAACUCAUUCAUCCUAGGAAAUUUUUGCCAAAAGAUAAGGCUUUUGUACAUUAUGCUACAAUCUUGAACAAAAAGUGUUAAGAAUUUUGCGCUUUCUUACCCACAGAAGGCCUAUCCUGCGGAUCGGGUACCACUAGGAUCCCUUCCCCACCCCACCCUUGUCAAUGUUGUUCAUUUGGGGGCAGUAAUAGUCUUUGGGGCAAAGGGGCGAGUUUUUUUUAAUUCCUACUGCUUUAGAGAGCUUUAUCCUGAAACUAAAAAUAAAAACUUUUUUUCGUAACAUUUUUUGUCCAAGACUGUAGCCAAGUAGAACCAAAACUACUAAUUCGAGUGUUACGUUGGCGUUUGGUCCUGAUGCAAAAUUGCAUCUUUCGAAAUGCAGGCGUAUGCAAUAGUGAAAAUUUCGCUCUCUGUCGCUCCACCAUUUUUGCAUUCUUCCCCGGUGAUUUUUGUGCUUUGGGGCAAAGGGGUAGUCACUCAAAACGCAGGAUUCGCUUCAUCUUGUCGUCCGCGGAUUCAGCCUAUAAUAAAUGCAAUUAAUGAGCUGGGCAUGUAGACAUUUUUCUAUCCGUUUUCAAGGAUUUGCAUGUUUUUUUUUUCUUACAAGUACUCUCGUAUACUUUUUUACUCGCCUUAUUUUGUGAUAUAUGGUGAAUUUCCACUCACGAAGCUGUUGAUCUCGUAGACUGUACUACCACGCCCUUGUAUUUGUAUUUGUUUUUCCUUUUUUCCGAGAUAAGCGUAAUUUUCUUUCGCUUUUGAACUUCGGUUCGUUUAACCGCAGCAUGAUUAGGUCAGCCGGUAGAGCACUUGACUACUGAGCGGGAGGUCGUGGGCUUGAUAACCUGGACCGGACCAAUACUCAGGGUCUUAAAAUAACUGAGAAAUGGGUAAACGGGUAGACCUUCGCAUUGCUCGGAUAACCACGUAAAAUGCCGGUCCCGUCUCCACUAGGAGUGCUAAAUACAUUAAGACUCAAAUAAAGUGUUUUUUUUCUUUCACUCAUAGUCGUUUGCAGAAACUCCUCAAACAUAUCUCCAUUAGACGGCUAAAGUCUGACCACGAUGAGGGUAAACCGCUGGUCAAGCUACCACCUCGUACCGUGGUCAUCCAAGAAGUGGAGCUAUCAGACGAGGAACGGAAACUGUACGAUGCCAUGCAGAACCAUGGACAGUUGAUCAUUGCAAGGUUAGGAACAACUUGACAGUGUCCCGGGAAACUCGUAGCCGCUAAAUAGAUUCUAAGGCUAUGUUCACACUUUUCCGGAUAGCUUUUUUUGCGACACGAAAAUCUAUCCGGUAUAGCAUGGACACAUAUCCGAUAUGUGACUUUCCAUUUUAGAGGUCGGCGUUGCGCAGCUUCACUCCGUUAAUCACUGUUCUUAUGUGUCAACAGAAUCCCUAUCCAGUUUGGUUUUCUUACCGGUUCAAAAGCUCUGCGGUAUAGUUUGAACAUAGUCUAGGUUCUUGUCUCAAAAUAUUUACGAAAGGGGCGCCAGAGAGAUGCUUGCGCAGGGUGAUGUUAAGGGACAAGAAAGAUAGCCUUUUGUUUCUUUAUCCUUCCUGUCCUGUCAAUCUUUUCGGUAAUAAUAAAACCGCGUAGCUAGUUACACCAGGAUAGCACAAUUUCCCUCGAUGAAUUGCAUCUCAAAAUUUUGUUUCAGAUAUCUCCAGGAUGGUACGGUGCUGAAAAAGUACGCCCACUGUUUCGCCAUUUUAAUGCGGCUCAGGCAGCUUUGUUUACAUCCCAGCUUGUGUGCUAAAGACAGCGAGUCGCUUCAACAUGCACAAAAUCUGCUGCAAGGUAACUGUUACUGUAUUUCAUGGCAGGAAAACAAACAAGUGCAACAUUGAACAAAUAGCUUGGCAGGUUUUCCCGCUAUGGAUCAUUAUAUUAAGGAUCUUUAUUUUUACAACGGCAAAAAUUGUCCGGCUCUCGUUUUGAGUCAGAGCUGUAGCCGAAUCUUUGUUUACACUUUUCUACUUCAAUAACAUUUGCUUAUCAUUAUCUGAAGAAGGUAAUGAAGUAAAAUCUCUGCAUAUUGAAAGAGCGUAACAAUUACAGGUAUCCCUAAAAAUUUAAGUUCGAUAUACCAAGUGGUGUCGAAGAAAUUCUCUUUUAAAAACUCCAUAUUUUACGAAGAAUGUAUGGCUUAUUAACUUUUUUGUCACUAAGCAAUUUCGCAGUUUUCGAUGGCUGAAAUUUCCUUUGCUUGUAAAGAGCUGAAAAUAUUAUAAAAUGCCCAAGUUAAUCGACUCUUUUAACUUUUCAAUUUAGUUCGUAUAUGGCCACAGCUUUUACGAGUUAAGUCGUAUGCCAGUGAGGGAAAAUGUCAACAAUGACGUCCGCAAAUAUUCGCCUAUAUACCACGAAUUGUACUGAAACUCAAUUGUUUAUUGUCUUUCCAGGUCUGGAUGACUCCGACGAUGACGACCUUGAUGCAGAUCACGACACUCAGCGACUUGUCAACGAUCUCCUUGUGACCUUAUCGUCGGGAGUGGACGAAGAAUGUUCGGUGUGCCUCGACUCCUUAGUCGAACCAGUCAUUACGCGUUGUGCGCAUGUGUUCUGUCAGCAAUGCAUUAUGGAUGUUAUUACGUCAGAGACUUCUGCGCCCAAUUGUCCCCUUUGUCGUGCGCCCGUGAAUGAAAAUGAUCUGAUCAAAGUUCCGGAGAAGAAGAAAAAGAAGUCCACAGAAACGGAAAAACCCAGCGAGGAAUCUGGACAGUCCAAGACGAGCUCCAAGGUUUGACAUAAAUAAAUAUCAAAUUUAUUGCCAAGUCCUUAAUUGUUCAACAAUACACAAGCAUUAAAGCUUUACUAUUUCUGUAGUAAAAUUAUAAAUAUAUCUUGACCUGCGCGCUCUACUAUUUGUGGCGUGGAUCGAGUGUAUUGUCUCUAUUACGCAACGCGUGACGCAGGGAUUAUUCUUUGUGUGACCAAUGAUAACGUGCUUUUAAUGAUUGGAAUUCUACCUUAUUUUGUUUUUUUUUCUUUGGGGUAUGUGCACCAAAAGCACCUUAAUUCGAACCAAUCAACAAGCGAGUUUAUGUAGCCCGCGGUAGGGUGUGUAGCGUUUUGGAUCAGAAGGCACCUCACUCUCCUAGUUCAAGCGUCUUCUAGACGACGUGAUACGACCAGCUUAAGAAACAAGUGCAUGUUGUCGAUGUUUGUUCAUUCCCUAAAUCAAAGAUCUCCAUGCAGUAGGUUACUGACUCGCCUCCUUUAGCGCGCAAGUCGAGUUGACUUUAAGAGAGCUUCUUAUACAGAUUUUACAUCCCUUUUUUUUUUUCAGCUCGAAACUUUGAUGAAGGCGUUGUGUGCCAUACGAGACAAAGACCCCUCUCGAAAGAGUCUUGUGGUGUCGCAAUUCACCUCAUUCUUGGAUAUAGUAGAGGACGCGUUGAAGGAGCAAGAUUUCUUGUUUGUCAGGCUGGAUGGACGAAUGACUCAAGAAGCCAGGGCUCGCGCUAUAGAAACAUUUUCGGAUCCGAGUUCCAGUUCACCUACAGUGUUUCUGUUGUCGCUGACCGCUGGAGGAGUGGGAUUGAAUCUAACAGCUGCUACCCGUGUAUUUCUGUUAGAUCCGGUUGGUUUCUUGAGGCCACAUUCACACCGCACCGGACGAAGUUUCGCGGAUCGGUUGAAAAUUCGUGUGUUUUGGUGCUCCGUUCACAUCCAACCACCUUAAACGUGCGAGAAUUUAGACGCCUAGCCGUUCAAAGUUCUAUGUGAACAGAGCGAAAAUAUUGACCGUCCAGUGUGAACCACGUUUGCGGGCAAUUUUUUCAGCCGGUCGAAAAUUCGUCCGGUGCCGUGUGAACAUAGGGUUACCGGUCAUUUCGCCCCCAGGUCGUUUCGCCCCGGUUACUUAGUCUCUCUUUCUAGAACGAGGAAUAUUGUAUUUGAAGUGUGCUUGUUUUGCUUUCUGGCUUAUAGAACGUAGCCCAAGCCUUACAACUUGUAAAUUCAAAAUUAAGAAGUACAUUCCUUUUGAAUACAGACCAAAAGCCCGAAAUUACUGCAUAGAAGGUUUUAGUGGUGGGUUAAAACCCAUUAUAGGAUUACCUCUACGGUCUUCAGAAGUUAGAAUUAACCUGUAUAGCACACCAAACAAUACUACAGGAAAAUACUACUACUCAGUAGCCUUCAUUUAAAAUGCCAACACUCUAGGCUUUCAUUCACAGACUCAAAAGUUAGAACCGCCUUGUACAGUAUAAUAAACAGUACCUCAGGGCCGGGUAGCUCAGUAGCCUUCGUUUGUAUGGUCACACCUAAGGAUUUCGUACAUAGACUCAAAAGUGUACAACGUAGUAAACAUUACCACAGGAAAAUAUUUUUCAAUAGCUUUAAGCUGAUUAUUACGCUAUAGGACCACGUUUUAUGCUUAAACAACCUUGUUUAGACCAUGGAGAAUUACUUCUCGCAAGCUUUUAUUUUAGGGGUCUCUUAGGAACUGCCUUGUAUAGUUCAACUGUAGCUUGGAGACUAGUCGCGUUUACCUUUCUGUAGCGCCUUACGAGGUCGUCAGUAGUCAUAGACAGUAGGCUGUUUCUUCUACAGCGUAGGGCCAAAGUUUGUGACGAUGUUUAAUUUAUCUAUCGUAGGCCUGGAACCCAGCUGUCGAGGAACAAUGUUUCGAUCGCAGCCAUCGCCUUGGUCAAACACAAGAAGUGAUCAUUACUAAGGUUAGAAUAUUGGACCGAUUUUAUGUUCUUAUGUUCAUAUACUAUGGCAAAUAGAUACGGAAAAUUAGUCAAAAUAGCAAUUGAACGCUUCUACUUUCAAAGAAUUUUGGACACUCACUUUAAAUUGGUCAUUUUCAGGGGACUUAAGCGAAAGGGUGGGUGUAUUGACGAAUUGCACUUUGGGACUGUUUAGGGGAAGAAUCAGUUGACGAGGUUUCCUGCGCGACUUUGUAACAGUCAAUAAAGGAUUUUACAAGAACUGAGCGAUUUCUCGCGCUGAUUGGUCGAGAGCUAUGUUUAAUAAGAGCACAAGACCAUGGAAAUUUGUUUGGAUCAAUUUAGGUUUGUGGGGAAACUCCCCACCUACCCCUCCCCUAACCCAACAUGUGGCCCUAAAUGAGAAGUAAGUGUUAAUGAUUACUUAGGGGAGGGGUAGGUGGGCAGUUAAUUGAUCCAUUUGUUUUCUCUUUCUUGCGCGUGCGAUUUUCCCGGAAACUUCAACAGGAAUGGUCGUCGAAAACUGUAAAUGUUAUUGUGAAAAAUAAAUGGACAACAAUUUGCCAUGUUCUAUACUCUUAGCGACCAUAGAAAUGACGUCAUAAUGUUCAAAACUUUGCUGUGAAAACACUCGCCUGCGGCUUGUGGUUCCAUGGAUCCAUGGAUCCAUGGUGGUUCCACUUGAGUUUUGAACAUUUUGACGUCAUUUCUAUGGUCGAUAAGAGUAUUGACCAUGGAAAAUUAUUGCUGAUUUGUUAAAAAGUCCGCCACACGAAAUAGUCCCAUACUGCAAUUCGAAACUAUCGACCAAUUCUUUAAGACGUCAAAAUGGCCGAUUUAACAAAUCGACAACAAUUUUCCAUGGUCAAUACAUUUAUCGAGCCUAAAGAUGGCGUCGAAGUGUUCAAAACUCAAGUGCGGCUUGCUGUUUCACUGCAAAGUUUUGAACAUUUUGACUUCACUUCUAUGGUUGAUAAUAAACCUCUUUAGCUUGUUUGUUUAUGUGUGUCUCGUGUUGUUUAUCCCAUAAUAAUCCGACGCGUACUCAGCCCCUCUCGAUUUGAAACUAGGCAGUGGUGUAGUAAUUGCUUUUCCAUUUGCAGUAUAUUGUGACCAAUUCCGUGGAAGAGCGCAUGCUUAGCUUGCAGGAAAAGAAACGUGAGCUGAUGGGCCAGGCGUUUGGCAUGGAGACGCAAAGCCAAGAAGACAGAAGGAGACAGAGAGUGAGAGAUAUCAAACAUCUUAUUGGCCUUUGACCGAGAAAUACGGGGGGUUAUCAUCUUGUGAUUGGUUUAUUGAUAGAGUGUUUUCACCCAACGUGAUUUCUUCGUGUUUUCGCUUGACAAUUUUUCCUUGGUUUGCUAAUAUUUUGUUGGACAAAGAAUUUUGAUUGUUGAAAAGUAGCAAUCGAGAAACGUAAUGAUUCGCAAUGACAGCACCCGGGAAAUUAAAAAGCAACAACAACCGAUUCUCGUAUCCAGUUUCUGAUACGUUGCAGUUUCUUUCCUCUUGGAAAAAAGAAAAGAAUUUCAUUGUCAGGUUGACGUAAACUUAUUAUAACGAUGAUGGGUACUGUCGUACCUCAUUCUCUCUUGUUUCUGUACAAUAGAAGACAUUUGGAUGCGUAGCAGGCGAGAUUAGCGGGCGAGAGCAAUUAUUGUUUUUGCGAGUGCUGUUGUUUUGGCGGCAAGGGCCGCAAGAAGAUUGGGUACAAGCUACCCAUAAAAUUAUUUGGUAGUUCUAUUUGUUAUAGGUAGUAUAUACACGCAAUUGUUCCAGUUCAAGAUGUUAUGAUAGAAGAGUUGUAUUAAUUUGAAUUAUUUUAAGAGCAAAAAUAUUUAUGAAGCAAAGAGUUUUAUAAAUGACUUAUAGAUAACAAAAAGUCCUUAUUUUCUUAAGUUGCACAAUAUUUAAUAUGAUACUAGACUUACAUUGUGAUCAAACAGUGAUAGCCUCACCAUUUUCAAUAUUUUUGUUUCAUUGGUGCAGUUGCGCCUUGGGUGGAAAAUACUUGUUUCCUUACGGUACGCGGUGCGCUCAUGUUUUUUCGCCGUCAGGGUCGGAGCUUUUCUUUGACUGAGAAAGGAGUAAAAGCUUAAGGUCGAGGAUCGCUCCUCGUUGAACUAUCAGUAGUUGGUUAAAAUUCUGUAAAGCAUAUGAGGCAUUUUUUAACAGUGAGUUCC